UCCAAAAUAGUUCGGAAUCGACCACUGAAGGUUAGUGGAUGGUACCGCAUAGAUUAUCGUUUCAUACCAACUAACGGACCAUGGUGCUAAUUUGAAUCUGCAUACGAAAAUUUUCUUCGCGAAAAAAGUAUGUGACACAAUUUUAAUCAUAUCUUCGCUUUCCGGGUUGCUUUUGCCAAAUACAUGUGAAACUUUAAAGCGUGACUUACAAUGGCCUUCAUCAAAUUACAAAAUAAAAAUUUAGUUCCAAUCAGAGCCUUAAUAUGGGUUAUGUUAUUCACUUGUACUUUCGUCCUCUACAUGCUUAGAACUAAUCUAUCUAUUAUAAUUUUGGCUAUGGUCAGUACAAAAGGAAAUAACUCAACUUCAACAAUUAUACCUGAGUGCAUUCUGAAGAACUCCAAUUAUACAGUAACAAAAUACAGUAAUUUAACCAAUCUAGAACAAGAAUCACUGAUACACAGUGUACAAUACGAGUGGUCUCCACAACUACAGGGUUUAAUACUAGGAGCGUAUUUUUGGGGCUUUGUGAUAGCGGGAAUCCCCGCGGCAGCAGUGGCUGAGAAAUUUGGUCCCAGGAUAUGCGUGACGAUUUCGUUUUUGGCCAGUACUGUUCUCACCUUGUUGGGACCACUGUGCGCCUCGAUUCAUCCCAAUUUGUUGAUAGCUUCCAGGUUUUUCAUUGGAUUAUUUGGGGCUAUUAUUUACCCAGCCAUACACUGUUUGAUAUCCAAAUGGGCUCCGCCCUCGGAGAAAGGGAAAUUUAUCAGCGCCACUUUAGGGGGGUCGCUAGGCACGGUGAUAACGUGGCCCUUGUUAGGUAGUGUUAUAGACAGUUUGGGUUGGGAAUGGGCCUUCUACAUUACGGGUUUGAUCGUGCUAGCUUGGACUUUCGCCUGGCUAUUCCUCGUGCACGAUACACCCCAAAAUCACCCUUGGAUCACCAGCGAAGAGAAAGAACAUAUCGAUACCUCACUGGCCGGGACAAUUUCAAAUAAAUCAAGAAUCCCCCCCUACAAGUCAAUUGCCGCAUCACUUCCGGCCUGGGCCUUGUUCAUCGCCCAAUUUGGCAACCUGUGGGGUUUGUUCUUCCUGAUGACGGCCGGGCCCUACUUUAUGUCAACCGUAUUGGGUUUCAACAUCGGGCACACGGGAAUGCUGGCGGCGUUGCCGUAUCUCGCCCGAAUGCUAGCAGGAUUUGUUUUUGGAGGAGUGGGUGAUUUUAUCUUGAGGAGGAAGCUGAUGAGCAAGACGGAAAUUAGGAAGUCUUUUACUAUUUUAUCUCACUUGAUACCUGGAGUACUUCUAUUGGCGCAGACUUUCGCCGGAUGUCACAUAAACUGGGCUGUGAUACUUCUAACACUUUCUUUAGCUUCAAACGGUGCAGGCACCAUUACUAAUUUAUCAAAUGCACAAGACUUAGCACCCAAUUUCGCUGGUACCAUUUAUGGAAUAGCUAAUUGUAUUGGUAGUACUACAGGAUUUAUCAGUCCCAUGGUAGUUGGUUAUCUUACUUCAGAGCAUAAUGGCAUGCACGAAUGGCACAGAAUCUUCUACAUUGGAGCACUGGUUUACGUAGCUUGUGGAGUAUUCUUCAUCAUUUUUGGCAAAGGUGAAAUUCAGGACUGGAAUUAUGAUGAAGAAGAUCGGAAAAAAGAUGUAGAAAGUUCACUAAAAGAAGUACAAGGAGUUGAAAACAAAGCGUUCGACAAAGAUGGAGAGAGUAAAUAAGUUUUAAAUUAUUUGUAUGUUAUUUUAUAAUAAAUUUUAAUUUUUAA